AAGGCGGCGCGGGGCGAGGCCCCGCCAUGGGCGCCGCCGCUGCCGCCUCGCGGCCGUUGGGCGCCGGCGCGGCUGGCGGGCGCGGCCUGAGGGAGCUUCGUGGAGUCGUUACGGCGCCGCGGGCCGCCGUUGCGCCUCGAAACGUCCCGGCGCGGCCCGGGAUCGUGAACAAAUCCAUCCCAGAGCCCAGCUUCCAGUCCGUUACCCUUUCUUCCCUCCCUUUCACCUAGUCUACUGCCCCCCCCCCCCAAAAAAAAUAAAAAUAAAAAUUAAGGCUCAUCAAAUCUGCUAUUUAAGGCUGCCUGAAAGGACAUAAAGAACUAUCAAUGAGAAUUUCCUGGUAAGGGGGGAGUGAGUGUUUAGAAGAAUGAGGAGACUUAACGCACGGGAGAAAACGAUAGAAACAGAAAGAAAGGCAGUCUAGGAGCGUAAAAAGGGCAUAAACGGGAGGCAGAAAGAGGCUUCGCUUUGGCUGCCGGGACUGCUGCCACCUAGUUAACCCGUGUUUGCUUUCCUGGGCCGCUCGAGCUCCUUGAGCUCCCAGCAAAAUGCCCAGCGGGAGAGUUGCCUUGGCGACGGCCUGUAAACUUAACCGGUCUGCUCGGAGCAGCAGCCGCCGCCAGAGGAGGUUUUACUCCGGGGGAGGAACUGCGUGCUCUGCGGUCAGAAAACACGCAGAAAAUAAAACCAAAGUCUGCACAAUUGCCCUGUGAGUUUCUUGCUGUCCGGUGAGGGAAAACAGCCAUGACCUAAAAGCACUCCUUCGACUGGUUCUCUGAUGCUUCGCUUCCACACUUCACUGCUGAAGCACCAGGUUUUUGGACUUUAACGCAUUGAAAAACAGUAUGUCUGACAAUGAACAAAAUAAGAACAGAAGCAAAGAAGGUUGCAGAAUUUUUGUUGCUCUUCAAAACGCAGAUAAAAUAAUGAAAGAAAUGCAUCAAUCGUACAAAGCUCUGGAAAAGAACAAUCAAGUAACACCAAUGUCCACACUGUGGUCAGAAAAACAAGCAACAUGUUUACCAAAUAAAAAAAAGUUAGCAUUGCAGAUGAGACAGCACAUGUUACCUUUAUUCCUGAAGAAAGAAGAGUACAUAAGAUGUGGCUUUGACUUCAGCUUUCUGCUACAGGCCUCAUGUCCAGAACACAGCAUUUCAAAAUCACUUAUGGAUUUAGAUGCAUUUCAGACAAUAGAAGCACGAAUACAACAAAGGUUAAAUAUAACAGUGCUAAAAACCAGGAAUAAAAGAACUGAGAAAUUACAGUUUCAUCUGCCACCACUGAUUUUUCAACCUGUAAGGACAAUUCAGCUUGCUCCUCUAGAAGGAAAUAAUGUCAACAGAAGCAUCACCAACAGAAAUAUUUUGAAUUUUAUGAAUUCUAUUCCUCUGCCUAUAAAACCAACUGCUAAAUUUUAUCAGUAUCAAUUAGACAAUCUGUUGCACACUCAAAAGUCAUCAGACCUGACUGUGGUUAGUAUUUCUGAUCAAUUCACUCCAAGAAAAGACCUGUACUCCUUCAGCCUGGAUAACUGCUGUGAGUAUCCUCAAGACAAGAAAGAAGAAAAUGAAAACAAUUUAAAAUGGAAGGAAGCUGAUGUAGCUACUAAUACCGAAAAGAAUGACCUAAUGAAAUAUCAGCUUUCAGUUACUUGUAAGAAUGUAGAUAUUAUGACACAAGACAGGUUUGGUGAUGGUGGUUAUCCGUACUUGACCUCAGGUGACACUCAGAUGAACUGUGGAAUAUUUACAGCCCUAUGUCCUGUAUCGAACAAUGCAGACACCUUAAGAGCUGGAAAUAAUGAAAAACUUGUGACGAAUUCCCUUAGAACGGGUGUAGAAGGAGAUGCUACAGGGAUGAUACUGGAUUCUAGGCCAGAUGAAGAUCCUGAGAGUACGAACUUUGUGCUUGACAAUCAUGAUUUGGGUUUUCCCUGUACAAAUGAAGCGAUGGAAGCUUGCCAUGUCUUAGAAGAUCAUUCUGUAACUGAAAUAAUUCCCAGAGUAGAAGUGCAAGAUCCUUCUAGAAAGCAAACAAAAAAUAAUGUUUGUCUCUUAGAAUUUGAAAUAGGAAAAGAAGCAAUAUCAGAAGUAACUGCAAAAGACCGAAGCAAACUUGUACCUCUUGUCCACAUUACGCUCUCUGAACAAGAACCAGCAAGGGAACCACACAUUGCUAAACAACCUACCAGAAAAAGGAGUGCCAUCCGAAGCUUGCCGCCUCAUGCUAGUCAGAGCUUCAACAUUCUUGCUCGCCAAGAGAAUGACAAAAGUAAAAUAAAGCUAAAUAGAAAUAAAUGUUCAUCUAAGUCUAAAACGAGGAGCAACAUAUCUGAAGACUUAAUUAUUUCUGAUGAGAGCUCCACAAAAUGUAACACGCACAAGAUGAGUGCCAAGAGUCAGAUUUUCCCAUCUUUAGAACUGCCAUACAUGGAAUCCGAGACUUCUCUAAAGUGUCAAAAAAAGAUACCUCAAGUAGACAAACACCGUUUUGCUCAGAGCGCUUUACAGUCUAAAAAGCAAGGUUUCCCCUGCAAUUGCAAAAAUGCAGUUAUUUUAAAGAAAUCUGCCACUCCUCUUUCUCCACCACGUGCACAGUCUGCUUCAGGUUUCAUAGAUCUGAAAUACAGUGACAUGUUCAGGAAAAUCAACUCAAAUGACAAGGGCCCAGGAAUUUAUGAAAUGUUUGGAACUCCUGUCUAUUCCCACAUGCGUGAACUUGAUCAACAUGAAAACAGAUUUUAUAGAGAUAUUUGUUCUGCUCCACCUGGAAGAUGCACGGCUAACACCUGCAAAUCUACCUGCAAUAAAGGAAGAGAGAGCAGCCGAGUAAGAAAUACUCAAAAGAGAAUAUAUUCUAAGCCAAAGAAGACCAUUCCUGACACUAAACGAAAGCAGAAAGACUUAAUUCCAAAAGACCAAAGUACGGAGUUGAGUGACAGCAACAUGGAGCAAGAUAGUGUAAUAAUUUCUAGGCCAGAUUGUCCAAUAGAGACUUCAGAGAGCAUAACAUUGUUUCACGAAGACAAAGACCAUCAGCUUCCAUUUUUAGAGGAGUUUUCACAAUCAACUGAGCAAAAUAAAUUUUUUUCUAAUUCAAACUUAUCAACUAUUAAGGAAUUCUCUUUGGAGCAGUCUUUAGACAUUCAGGAUGUAUCCAGCAGUCAGAUAUUUGCUACCUGUAGUCAGAAUCUUCCUCAAGUCCAUGAUAAAGACUCAGAAUGUGUUGCUCUAGAUAGCAAUUUAUUAACAACAGACCAGAACUUAUGUGUACCCCCGUGCGGAGUGGAUAUGGACAGCUGCAGAGGCCUGGAAUCCAAGCAGACCUCCUGCAAGACUAUAAAUAAAUGUGAAGCAUUGCCCUUUUCAGAUACACCAGAGUGUCAAUCCCCUACAAAAGCGUUAAAUCAAAGUUGGGCGCACACACCUCAAAAUGGUAAUUUGCCAAAUGAAUUGACUCAGCCUUCAGUGAUUCAGACAACAAGUGUUACAAGCCCCAUUUUCCAGGCAAGUCAAAACAUUCUGUCCUGGGCAGAUAAUAAGGACUUGACUGAUGACUUGCUUUGUUGUCUGGCAGCAGAAUUGCUAGUGCUUGAAGAAAAAGACAUAGGCUCUUCAAGAACAAAAAAUACAGGUCUGAAAGUGCAAAAUACACAUCCUAAAGAAGAAAGAAGCAUGGUGAAUGGAGAUGGCGAGACUAUAAACUGUGCUCUAGAGAAGAGUUACAGUGAAGCCUUUUUGGCAUCAAAUGAGGAAGGUGACCUGCUAAACUUCAAAGAAUCUACUAAAUUAUCUGAAAGCAGUUUGACUAACAAGGAGCCUAUCAUGUGGACGAGAGGUGAGGUGCUUGGAAAGGGAGCCUAUGGCACGGUGUAUUGUGGUCUGACAAGCCAGGGUCAAUUAAUAGCUGUGAAGCAGGUUGUUUUGGAUACCUCAGAUCAACUGACUACACAAAAGGAGUAUCAGAAGUUGCAGGAGGAGGUUGAUCUUUUGAAGACAUUGAAGCAUAUCAACAUUGUAACUUAUUUAGGAACUUGCCUGGAAGACAACAUUGUAAGCAUCUUCAUGGAGUUUGUUCCUGGUGGCUCAAUUUCUAGUAUUAUUAAUCGUUUUGGUCCAUUGCCAGAAACUGUCCUUUGUAAAUACACGAAACAAAUCCUACAAGGAGUUGCGUACUUGCAUGGCAAUUGUGUGGUACAUAGAGAUAUCAAAGGCAAUAAUGUUAUGCUCAUGCCAAAUGGUAUAGUGAAGCUAAUUGACUUUGGCUGUGCCAAGCGUUUAGCUUGGGCAAGCCUCAAUGGCACACACAGUGAGAUGCUUAAAUCUGUGCACGGGACUCCGUACUGGAUGGCACCAGAAGUUAUUAAUGAGUCUGGAUAUGGAAGAAAAUCAGACAUCUGGAGCGUGGGCUGCACCGUAUUUGAGAUGGCAACGGGAAAACCGCCGCUGGCUUCCAUGGAUAGGAUAGCAGCCAUGUUCUAUAUCGGAGCCCACAGAGGACUGAUGCCUUCCCUGCCUGAUCGAUUCUCCAGAACUGCAGCGGAUUUUGUGCAUGCGUGUCUAACCAGAGAUCAACACGAACGCCCUUCUGCUCUGCAGUUGCUGGAACAUCCCUUUGUGAAAGGAAGACAGUGAAUUUUUCAAAACUCUUGCCAAAUGAGUACAUAUUUUCCAUAUAAAGCAUGCUUCCACUUGUCAAAAAGAUCAAAUGGAACUGGACUUAAAAGUGACAGCAUAACUUACUAGAGAUCAAAUGUGCAUGAGAUGUCUGUUUAGACAGCAAUAUGAUUAAACUAACUUUAUUUUCAACAUAGAUGCUCAUUGGAGUGGGCAUUCAUUCACCAUUUCCCCUUUAGAAACUCAAGUAUGCUUUCAGAGAAGAGCAUAGGGCCAUAUGAAAAAAAAAAGAAAAGGAAAAACUAUCACCAGUCCAUGAAAAAUAAGGUAAAUUGGGAAUGCCAAUGUCCUUGCUAUCAGCAAGAAAGCAUUGCAGGUGCCAAAAGCCCUAUGCUCAAAGCCCCAUCAGCUAAAGCAGGUUGCUCAGGGCUGUGUCCGGUUGGGUUUUGAGUAUCUCCAAGGAUGGAGACUCCACAACUUCGCUAGGCAACUUGUUGCUGUGCUCAGUCACUCUAACAGUAAAACAGGCUUUUUUCAUGCAUUUAAAUGGAACUUGUAUUUAAAUUUGUGCUCAUUGCCUCUUGUCCUGUCACUGGAUGCCACUGAGAAGAGUCUGGCUGCUUCUUUUUUAACUCCCUCCCAUCAGGUUUUUGUACACAUUGACACCCACCUACCCACCCACACACCCUGCCCCCUGAGCUGUCUUUUCUCCAGGCUGAACAGUCCUAGCUCCCAGCCUCUCCCCCUAUGUCAGGUGCCUCAGUCCCUUAAUCAUCUUCAUGGUGACUCGCUGUUUAAAUGAGAAAUGGUCUGCUGCCAUUUCGAAUAUCCUUGGCCUGAACAGAGCAGUGAAUUUGAACUGCUUUGAAAAACACUUAACACUGUAAUGAGAUGGUAUGUAUUUAAUGGUGACCUGCACUGGGAAAAAGAAAUUUUACAGUUAGUAUAGCUAGCUACUACUAACUCCAUGAAAUUAAAUAAAACUCAAAGAACACUUGAUAUUAUAUUCAAUAAAACAAGGAUGGAUAGAUUUAGGUUAAAAGAUGUAUUUCGACUGUCCUCUUUCUGAUGAGGUUCAUUCCUCAAUACUUUUUAUAUUCAUGACUUCAGGAGAGUGAGCCAGUGUACAAACCAUCAAAACACUGUGAACCUUAUGCCUUUGUGAGCCCCUAGGUUCCAGGAACGAAUGCGCUAAAACUCAGCAGUUGUAACUGCUGAGGGCUGAGACCGCAUCAGCUCCAGACCCUGACUUCAGUGGCAGCAGAAAUAUAAAAUGUGGUGUUCUACAGUGUGGAAAGAAGGAAUGCAGCAAAAAGUUUUAAUUCCUCUUUCCCCAUGGAGUUAAACAUUUUAAUUACUUAAAUCACUUUCAAGUUUUAUUCCAGUAGUCUGACUUCAGGAAGUUGUUUGGUCUAAACUUAAAAAAAAAAAGUGAGGAGAAAGCAGUUCUUCUAGCAAAAUUCUUUAUUAAUAUUUUCUAUAGGUAUAAUGUCACAUGAUAACAAUGAGAGACACUUAUGCCAGUACAAGAGAAAUCCUAACAUCACAGUCAUUUUCAAAGUUCAAACAGUUGUCAGUUCCUUUUUGAAGAUACUGGUUGAUCCUCUUGCCAAAAAUCCAUGGGAACUUGAACAUCGUCAUGUUAAAGUAACUUGCAGAAUAAAGGUAGGCGCCCUGACAUAUGAUCUGAAGUGGGAUGUACGUAACUCCGUGAUGUAUAUUAAUUCUUCUCAGAUUGUGUCUCCAGAGAAGCUGCAAAGUAAAUAUGACCUUUUAAUUAGCAUGAAAUGAUACUGAGAUGACAAUCAUAAAUGGGGGGAAAAAAUGGGAAUGCUCUAGGAUGUGCAGCUAAUUAAGCAAAAAACUCCAAAUUUAAGUUAUGAAAAACCUACACCUUAUGCAUUUAUGUCUUAUAAGAAAAACUAACAUUUUUUUUGUUGGUAAAGUCUGAGAGUUCUCCAAUAUUAAAAUUACUAGUUAAUUAGAAUUUAAAGGUAAUGUUCCUUCUAGCUAAGAACACUAAAAUUAAUUUCCAUCUGAAAAGGUUUAUAAGACCUUAACCUGAGCAGGUAUUGAAAUCUGAAAGUACAUUUUUGCUUUUGUUUAACCAGA